AUGGCUACCAUACUUGACUCGCUCUUACCCCCGAGUCGACCCACCCUUCAAACUCGCCUUUCCACGCCAUUUCCUUCUUCUCCUUCUUGUCUCUGCACUCGCAGAACCCAAACGGUAAACCAUUUCCACACUACUUCCCCACCAUUGUCAUUUAUGUUUCUUUCAUUUCAUUGAUCAAUUAUGAUUCCUGCAUUUGGUUAUAUAAAUUUUCAUUUUUAGUUAGCGAUUUUAUGUUGAGAGUACAUGAAAAAGAGUGAAAAGAAAGCAUCUUUGAGUUGUUUUUGCAAGUGGGUAAUUAUAGGAAAACAAGCUCUCUGUCUCAGGUAUAUUCAAAGAAGAGAACUUUCAGUUGCCAUAUGAUAGGAGAUUAGUUUAAGAAAGAGAAUGUUGGUUGUGAUUAGUAGUGCAAUUUGUAGGCAUUGCAGUUGAAAGAGAUGGGUUUGUGUCGAAAAGGGACAAAAAGACAUCAAUUUGAGACUAAAGCUUUUGCAGUCCCAAGGAGGAAUGCAAUGGCCUUGAUCUUGUCAAGUUAUAUCUUCUCAGAAGUUGGUUUACAUGAUAUUGCAUUCGCUCAACCAUCUGUGGGGUUUAGGGAAUACAUAGAUACAUUUGAUGGCUAUUCAUUCAAGUACCCUCAGAACUGGAUUCAAGUUCGAGGUGCUGGAGCUGAUAUAUUCUUCAGGGACCCUUAUGUUCUUGAUGAAAAUCUCUCCGUGGAGUUAUCCUCUCCUUCAUCCUCCAGGUAUAAGACUGUUGAAGACUUGGGUUCUCCACAAGAAGCUGGAACAAAAGUAUUAAAGCAGUACUUGACAGAGUUCAUGUCAACAAGGCUUGGUGUAAGGCGUGAAUCAAAUAUACUUUCCACAUCCUCAAGAGUUGCUGAUGAUGGAAAGCUAUAUUAUCAAGUUGAGGUGAACAUAAAGUCAUAUGCAAACACCAAUGAACUGGCUGUUAUGCCACAAGACAGAGUACCUCGAUUGGAAUGGAACCGGCGCUACCUCUCUGUUCUUGGAGUUGAAAACAAUCGGUUAUAUGAGUUGAGAUUACAAACACCAGAAAGUGUAUUUGUAGAAGAAGAAAAUGAUCUGCGGCAAGUCAUGGAUUCUUUUAGAGUGAACAAGGUGGCUGGCUGAUCAGUUUUUUAGCUUGAGAUUUUUUCCGAUGGGAUGAGGUUUUAUUCUUCUUUUUAGCGCUGUUUUUUUUUUUUUUUUUUUUUUUUUUUUUAUUAUGUUACAUAGAUUUAUCAUUUCCUCUACUUGUAUAUUCUUUCAAUCUUCCUUUAUUAGUAGACUUCCUUUAUUAGUAGACUUAUAUCUUCUCCAUGUUGUUGUAAUUUAUAUCAAUUCCAAUGGCAUCAUUCUAAAUUAUUUUAGCUGAAGAUUAUCCCUAGCUAGUCUAUUACCAUAGCUUCCUUACACUGGAUGAAGUAGUCCAGCUAAAGAUUGUCACAAGAAAGUCGGUAAAUUGCAUUGAUUUUAUUGUGUAUGAUCCGUGAUGGUUAUGAGCAGACUUUUCCUGAUAUUGAAAUUGGAGGGAAAGGAGCGAUUGUUUCUCAAAGUACUCAUAUUUGAGAAGCACCUGAGGAAAAAAAUGAAGUUAU